AUGCUUUUACAUAUGAAGACACACCCACUCUCUACAUCAGUCUUUCAUUCAUUCUUUCUUACUUGCCCUUUCUUUCUUGUACUUUCUUUCUUUCUUGUCCUUUCUUUCUUUAUUUAUUUCUUCCUUCCUUUCUUUCUUGUCCUUUCUUGUCCUUUCUUUCUUUCUUUCUUUCAUGUUCUUCUUUCUUUCUUUCUUUUUUCUUUCUUUCUUGUUUUUGCUUGUUUCUCUCUUUUUUCUUUCUUUCUUUCUUGUUUUUGCCUCUUUAUUCUAUUUCCAUUCAUCUAUCCCUAUGAUUUGUUUUUUUCGCUUCCGCAAUUGCAUUUUUUUUUCUUUUUUAAUACUCACUUUCUUUUUUCUUCGUUGAUGCAGAGAAACUGUUCAUUAUUUUGUUUUUUGUUUCUUUUCCAAUUUUUUUUUUUUUUCCAAUUUCUUUUUUUUUUCCCAUUUCUCUCAUUCCUAUUCCUUUUUACCUUUUUCUCCAUUUAUUUCUUCGUUUCUUUUGCAUUUUUCUACAAAAUCGUCGGCAUUAAUUAUUCCUCCUUUUCCUUCUUUCUUUCCUUCUCUCUUUCUCUCUCUCUUUCUCUCUCUCUCUUUCUCUCUCUCUCUCUCUCUCUUUCUCUUGAUUUAUUUAUUUUCAACUUACUUUUUUCACCCACCUUUCCAGUGCGUACCAUCACCAUACUAUCUCCCAGCAUCUUUGCAGUCUAUAUUCUCACAAACCUGCAGCUGACUCUAUUCAAUGCGGUUACCUCCCCUUCUUCAACUCCAUACUUUUCUAUUCAAUUCAACGCCUCUACAUAUUCUAAUUAA